AUGGCGCCCUCUGUAGCAGAAGCCAUUCCGAGCGAAGGGUCGUUGAGUGCAAGAGCACAGGUGAAGCUCUCACAAGCCUUUGAUGCGGAGCAGCAUGCCUCAUACAAAUACCGCAAAUACCUCCCCGUAUAUGACGAGACAACAAGUUUUCCAGCAACUGAACUGUUCGAGUUCAGUGACCGUGCCCUCCUCGCAGACAAGGCCAAGCCCAAUUUGCUUGGAUUGAGCGAUUCGAAAAUCCAGGUCACAAACCUCACUCCUAGAGUCGGGACUGAAAUUAGUGGCCUUCAACUCUCGGGACUGACUGAUACCCAGAAAAACGAGCUGGCACUUCUGAUCGCUGAGAGAGGUGUAGUCGUCUUCAGGGGUCAAGAUUUCAAAGACAUUGGAAUCGAACGGCAAAAAGAUUUUGGCAAGUACUUCGGCCGCCUUCACGUCCACCCUGUCGGAGCUCAUGUCGAAGGUGCCAUUGAGUUCCACAACAUCUACCUCGGCCCAGACAAUCUAUACCGAGCUCAGCUACGUUCGAGCAAACUGAGCACGACUGGGUAUCAUUCUGACGUCUCGUACGAGCACCAGCCGCCUGGAAUUACCAUCUUGACAUUGCUCGCUGUUCCAUCAACCGGCGGCGACACAGGUUGGACUUCACAGGUCGCAGCUUACGAGCGUUUGUCGGAGCCAAUCAAGACGCUACUCGAAGGGCUUCGGGCUGAGCAUAGCGGUUUUCCUCAAGCUGACAAUGCUCGACGAGAUGGCAAGCAUGUGCGCCGGGAGCCCGUCAAAUCGGACCAUCCCAUUGUCCGAGUUCACCCUGUGACCGGUCAAAAAGCACUGUUCGUAAAUCCUGGGUUCACCAAGCGCAUUAUAGGCCUCAAGGAUGAAGAGUCUGAAGCUAUCCUGAAGCUGCUGUUCAACCAUAUUUCGCAAAGCCAAGAUGUGCAGGUCAGGGUCAAAUGGGAUGAUGGUACAGUCGCGCUUUGGGAUAAUCGUGUGACAGCGCACACAGCAAUAUCGGACUAUGAUGUGCAUAACGAGGAGGAGGGUCUGCGUCAUGGGUUCCGGAUUACGACGCUUGCUGAGAGACCUGUGGGAGUCAAUGGCUUGGAGACAACUUGGUAAUAAUGUUGUUUUAGGAUAUGCAGGGGUGUGAUCAGAGCAUGAGUGUGGAGAAAUAAGCAAUAUCCCUCCAGCUUGUGGUUAAGACGUUCUCAAUCAAGUUUGAAAAACAAGC